CCUCCACCGGUACUCUUCCCUGUCAUAUUUCACCAUAUUUCCGCUUUCGAAAUGAAUGGACAACUGGCAGCGGGAAUUUGCUAUCAAUCAGACUAAUUUCCAGGCAAUGAUGAAAAAAAGGCCGAACAGAUUCAUCGUUCUGGAACGGCUGGGGCAGCGAAGCGAUUUCAUCAGUUAUAAAAUAAGGGUGUUUGUGGUAUGUACUAAUUGAGGAAUAGCGGAAUUUAUCAUUUGUCUUUGAAAUGGAGCUUUACGACUACGAAUUGGAACUGCAAUCGGAAAUCGUCAGCUGGAAAUCUUCGCGCGAUGUGGAUUGUCUCAUGAAAUUCAUUCCUAAACCGCGGCAUGUUAAGUUGGGAAUGAAAGGACUGGUCUGGUCAAUUGAAGCCCUGCCGCUGCCUCGUAUGCUACCUGGAUGCUCAUCUUUUUCUUUCACUAUAAUGAAGGUAAAACAAUCAAGAGGCCCUCUCUCUCUGUCCACAGAUUCUGCUGCGCCCGAUUUACCUGUAAAAUUUAAGCUUCUUCUUCAGAUAUUCAAUGUGUCCAUAAAGUCUCUGUCCCUGGCGGAGGAAGCGUUGGAUAAAUUGUAUGCGUUUUCACGCCUGCAUUUCCUAGCCGAAGAAGAUAACCUGUGGGAGAUAAUUGCAGACGCUGAGAUCUCCGCGGCGGCGUGCACGACGGUGAGAGAGGUAACCCAGGAAGCCGCAGAGGCGGCAACGGCUUUUCUUCUCGACAUUAAGCCGCCGCGGCGUUUUUCCUCUAAAGCAAAGGCAAAAGGCAAGGGUUUAAGAUCUGCGAGAUCUAGGCGUCGGGGGUUUGGGCAGCAGGGUUGGGAAGCUGUUUCAAGACCAUUUAAAGCUAAGGCCGCGGAAGAGGGAAAUGUCCUUCAAUGGUGUAGCGUCAAAGUGUUGGAAAGAAUGUAUCCCUGUUUCGAAUUUGAGGUUGCUGUACAGGAAUUCUUGGAACGCGAUGAUCUGAUUUUGCAGAUUGGCCUUGCCAAUGACCGCGCACUGAAGGUGAGUGUGCUGCUCACAAAGGACGCUCGUACGACUGUCGUUUGCUCACAGGAGGGAGUGGAAACCAAGACGUCCUUUGGCUUGGGUUACCUGUUGCCCAACAUCAUAAGAGAUUACAUUAAGGCCGCUCUAGAGAAAAAUGAUUCCCAGCAGAAUAACAUUGUGGAAGGUGUGCUACAGCAUGUGGCUGGGUACUUGGCCUCUCUGGCAAGAGUAUGCGUCAUUUGUGGGAUGCAUCUGCCGUUGGGGGUUCCUCAGUGGAGCGUUUGCAGUGACAUUUGCAAGGCUCGGCAGCAAGCUUUCAUGGGUGCCCUACCCGGGACGAAGGGUUCGGAGGACAGUUGGGAGUGUGACGAAAAUGCCCUGCCCAGGACCAACAGUUCGGAGUGUAACGAAAAUGCCUUACCCAGGACCAACAGUUGGGAGAGAGACGAAAUGCGCAGCAUUAAAUUGGCUACGAAGAUGCAUAUCUGAGAGUGACAAAAAUGGUGACACGCUGUUAAGCAAAUAAUGCCUAAGCUGAUGCAAUACAUGGCUAUCCAUUUGGGAUGUUUGGCAUCUGACAUGUAGCAAUCAAUGAAUAUUGGUAGAUGGGUCAUUGUGACAUGCAGAUAAUAAUUAUUAUUUGCAUCACCUCCUCUUGGAAGGACCAAUAUUUUAUGCCACUUUUACUGUGUGGCAUCCCCUUUUUACUAUGUUACUGUGACAUUCUCAUGGUCUCAAUAUCAUGUUUUCUACUAGUUACCUGUUGUCCUGAUGUAAUUUGUAUAAAGGCGAAACUCUAUUAUUUAGACUAUGAUCGAAUCUUUAUUUUCGAUGCUUCUAAAGAUUCAUUAACUAAGG